AUGUCAGGCUCGGGCCUGAUCUAUCGCCCGCGCAUCGACUCGGUGCAGGAACAAGCUUCCACAACCCACUCUCGGAAGGCUUCCUCCUCCCAGGAACAUCAUUCGCAGAUUCCACGACUACACCAACCUCAUUCCCACGACUGGACCGCCGACCUCGUCCAGACAGACCAUGUGCGCUUCUUCAGAGAGACCGACUGGGCGAGCACCCCUCUGGGGCCCCUCGAAUCCUGGAGCCUCACGCUCCAACACUACACUCGUAUGGUCAUGGCCGACUCUCGUGCAGCCUGUCUGUGGUGGGGUCCGCAGCUGAUUGCAAUAUAUAAUGAGAAGUACAAACGCAUUGCGGGCAGAGCGCAUCCCCAGCUCAUGGGUGGAACUUUCAUGGAUGGUCUGCCGGACCGGUGGCCACAGCGCAAAGGGUACUUUGAACAUGCUCGGAAGACGGGCCUGGGAAUCGAUUACAAUCGGGAACACCCUUUAUUCGUACAGCAUGACAGAUGGCGAGAGGAAACAUUCUAUACCGGUAAUGUGGUUCCGGUAGGUGAUGGGCCUGCCGACCAACCCGAAGGGUUCUACAAUUCACUCGUCGAAGACACGAGUUUUCGCCUCUCUCAACGCAGAACGUCGUUAUUAAACCGCAUGGCUUCGGUCGUCGAUGCCACAUUAACGGACACCUGGCCACUCAUCCUGGCUACUCUUGAAACCGACGGCCCCGAUAUCCCCAUGGCGCUCCUCUAUAAGACGGAGGAGGUUGCCAGCACCACUCACUUGCGUCUGCGAGGGCAAAUCGGCAUACCCGACGGACACAAUCUUCUAGUUGAUGGCGCACCACUGACCAGCGAGCGCGGAGUAAUUCCUGAGUGCCGCCGUGCCGGGCACGACGUUCUCGUGAUUGAGGCGGACGAGAGAUUCCGCUCCAUCAUGUGGCGCGGCUAUGGGGAAGCGGCCCAUCACAUAGGGAUUUUACCCCUGGCAAGCGAUUCUGGCGUAUUGGGUUAUCUCGUGGUUGGGACAAAUCCAUGCAGGGCUUUCGGCGAUGAUUGCAAUCAAUUUCUACAUGACCUCCGCCGCGUCAUAUCCCAGAGCAUCUCAAUAGCUGUAACUAGGUCCGAGGCAGCUCGGCGGCAGCGCCAACUCGAGGUGGACCUCAAUGACAGCGACACCAAGCUUCGUCACCUCAUUGAGCAUGGCUCCGUGGGCAUGUGCAACGUCGGGCUGGAUGGCAAAUUCCUCUGGGCCAAUGAACAGUACUGCGCCUUGCAUGGCCUCGAGUUGGACACCUUCAAGGACAUUGGGCCAUUCGCAUUCUUCGACCUCUACACGGACGAAGACAAGGCGAAAUGCGAAGCUGCGUGGGACGAGAUUGUGAGCGGGAGGACGAAGAAAAUAAACAUGGAGCUCGAGCUCAGACGAAGCUACACAUGCCCCUCGGGGGAGAAGGGGCAUCCGCACAUCCAGAUAUCUGUAUUCCCUUACCACGAGCAUGGCGUCAUCAAAUCAAUUAUGGGGGCCUUCACCGACAUUUCUCGCCUCAAAUGGGCUCAGAAUUUCCAAGCGCGGCUGGCGGCCGAGGCGCGGGAAGCAAAACGGCAGCAAGAGGCCUUCAUCGAUGUUGUCUCGCACGAAAUGAGGAACCCGCUCAGUGCCAUUGUCCACUGCGCCGACGAGAUCUCCAAAUCGGCUCAAGAGUAUAAGGCCACCCAGAAGGACAUGCCUCAGCCGGACACCAAAGUCGCGAAGCUCCUAGAAGACAAUGUGUCCUCCGCAAAUAUCAUACUCCAAUGCUCCGAGCACCAGAAACGCAUAAUAGACGAUGUUCUCACACUCAGCCGGCUCGAUUCCAUGCUUCUCUCCUUCAACCCGAACCCCACCCGGCCGGUGAAGCUCAUCAACACCAUUGUGAGCAUCUUUGAGGCAGAGCUCAAAACCAAACAAAUCACAUACAAUGUCAUACCUGACCCGUCUCUCUCGGAACUGAACAUCAGACAUGUCUACCUCGACCCCUCCCGCGUCACCCAAAUCUUCAUCAAUCUUAUCACCAACGCCAUCAAGUUCACGAAGAGCAGCGAACACCCAAGCAUCUCCAUCACAUAUGGUGCCAGCCUUUCCAAUCCCCGAGAUUUCUUCCCGGCGGACAUGUACUGGGCAACCCGUAAGGAUACUGUGGUGGACAUGACGGAUAAUCCCGAAUGGGGUGAUGGCGAGGCGUUGUACCUGACAUUCAUCGUGCAGGACACGGGCAUUGGGAUGACGAACUGGGAGAUACGGAAGGUCUUCGACCGCUUCCAGCAAGCCAACAUGCGUACGCACGUCAAGUACGGGGGAAGCGGCCUGGGCCUCUUCAUCUCGAAACAGUUGACGGAAAAGCAAGGCGGCGAGAUAGGGGUGGUGUCGGAACCGGGCAAAGGCAGCACCUUUGGCUUCUACAUCAAGACCAGGCGCGUGGAGAACCGCCUCAAGUCUCUCGGCAUACUCCCCAGCAUCCCUCAGCACGUCAUCGACAGUGCCACUUCUACCAACCCACGUGGCACUCCCGGCUCCGAUUCCGAGAAGGCGCAGCUCCGGGUCCUCCUCGUCGAAGACAACCUCAUCAACCAACAAGUCCUCGUUCGCCAACUCCGGAAAGCAGGCUGUGUUGUCGAUAUCGCGAAUCACGGAUCGGAAGCGCUAGAGAUCCUCGACAUGGGCAAGACGUUUGAUGUCGUGCUGAUGGAUCUGGAAAUGCCGGUUAUGGACGGAUUGACGGCUAUGCAGGAGAUCAGGGAAAGGGAGGAGGAUGGAAGGUUGCCUCCGGGCCACCUGCCCAUGAUCGCCGUAACGGCGAACGUGAGAGAUGAGCAGAUUGAGGAGGCAAAGUCGGCCGGGGCGGAUCAUGUCAUGCAAAAACCGUUCAAGGCGAUUGACCUUGUGCGUAUGAUGAAAACACUGGUGCCGCAAGUCGGCACGCCUGGGAGUGAGCCGACGACUCCCGGGCUCAUCGGCCCGCUCAGCGGAAUGUUACUUUGA